GCGGAGGCUGUGCCUCUUCCUUUAUUCUGUCAACCAACUUCAGCUACAAACAUCGCUAACAUUAUGCACGCCCUUAGCCCCAUUGCCAUGCAGGUUCUCCCGGUCAAUCACAACCUCCUAGCGCCGUUAACGAAUCACUGAGGCUUCACCAUAGUAACCAUGUUCCCUCCCUCUGUGGCAGGAGGCAGCGCCUAAUCGCCUGCUUUUCGCUGCCGCCCGGCGCCACCGUUAGCCGGAGCCUCGGGCUCGCUCGGACGCCUCGAGCCCGGACAAUCGCUUUGAAAGGAAUGGAAUGUGGAAGGUGCCCGCGUGCUCUUCCCAGCAUCCUCCUGGCCGCCCGCACGAUGCCAGGUGGAAGCGGCAGCGCUAUCCCCGUCUGAUCAAUCCGCCAGUGCCCGGCUCCCAGAGGCUACCGCCGCUCCUUCAUCCAUCAUACUCUGCCCCUUUCCCUUCACGAUAAUACUAUAUGGAUACUGGAGGAUAAAACACUGUUGAAGGCUGCACAUCCGGAAAGUAGAAUAUCAGCCCCAGAAACAAAGAUAAAGUCUGCUUCUGGAUCAACGUUCUGGAUCAACAAUGUGCCAACAGCCAUAUCGCCACACAACUCUGCCCCAGACUUUGCAACCUCUUGCUAUUGAACCUCUACUCUUAAAGCAACCCCAGAAUCUUCAGUCUACCUCAUCUGCAGUGAUGUCACGAUCCUCACAGUUGUUACCCGCACAGAUGUGUAAACCAUCUCAAUCAGAGCUUGUUAUUUUGUCACAAGAGAAAGUACCUUCCUUUGAUGCACCCCAAGAUCCUAUUUUAGCAGACCUCUGUAGGCCAUUACUUUGUAAAUUGUGCAAUGUAUCCCUGAAUUCAACACAGCAAGCACAGGCACAUUAUCAGGGCAAAAACCACUCAAAGAAACUUCGUAAUUAUUACGCUGGGCAUCAGUGUGUGGCUACUCCCAAACUGACUCAUUUUGUAGAUCAACCAGGCAUACAACUUCACCCACCAGCAUCCCAGUCAGGAUCCUCCAAGACGGCAGGUCGUGUGAUACUGGCCACAGCAAAUGAUUACUGCAAACUCUGCGAUGCUUCUUUUAGCUCCCCAGCUGUGGCACAGGCACAUUAUCAAGGAAAGAACCAUGCCAAGAGACUGCGGCUAGCAGAGGCUCAGAAAUCCAAUUCAUUUUUAGAGGCAACAGAGCUCACAAAGAGAAGACCAAGGAAAGAAGGGAAUGAAUUUAAAAUUGUGCCAAAUCGUCGCAAUCUACAUGGAGUUCAAAAUACACUAGGUCCUUACUCUAAUCCACGCUCCCGUCAGCGGAUUCCACGUGACCUAGCAAUGUGUGUGACACCAAGUGGACAGUUCUACUGUUCAAUGUGUAAUAUUGGUGCAAGUGAGGAACAAGAAUUUCGGCUUCAUCUUGAAAGCAAACUGCAUAAGAGCAAGGUGUCAGAGCAACGAUACCGCAAUGAGAUGGAAAAUCUUGGCUAUGCAUGAAGCCUUGGAAAUAAGUGCAUCUUGAAACUUUAUGAGAUGGUUAUAAUUGUUGAUGACACAUUCACAAUUUCUGUGUAGAAAAUGUAAAGACUUGAUCAUUAAGAAAAAGAAUCAUUGAAUCCAUUUUUUAAUUGUACAGAGGUUUGUUGUUAAUUGUCAAAAUGUACUUUGUAUUCUCUUAACAUUUUAAUUUAAUGUUUAAUGCUAAUUUGUGUCUAGAAAACCUCCAUCUGUUGCUACGAUUUAUCCCUUAAAGGGAUGUCUGUGAAACUGGUCACAUGCUGCUUCUACAGAUGGUUUGGUAGCAUUUAAGUGAUGUAACAUUUGUUUUGCUCAUGGAAUAUUUUCUAACAAAAUGUUCAGCUUUCUUGGAAUUUUAAUGUAAUUUUAAGCAGUCUCUUUAAUAUUUGAUUUCCUUUUGAUUUGCAGCUUAUAAUGAUCCUCUGCAAUUGAUUCAAAAGGUGGUAUACAAAUAAAUUCAACACUGAAUCAUUCAUGUAUUGUUGAAUGAUCUUUGUAUAGAGAGUUUCACCAUUGGUUUUCCUAUGGAAAAGGUAGAUGUGAAAAGUGCAAUAAUACGUUAAUACCUGUUGUUCUGUUUUCUUUAAUUCAUUGUUGAAAAUUUUGUUUGAAAUGUGUUAAUGACACUAUUGUGGAGUGAUGCAAACUUUGAAGGGUUGAUAAGCUUGAUGAUAUGAUGUUGAUAAAUUAACAAAGUUGAAGCAUUCCAGAAUUUAUGUUAUUAUAUUAGCAUAUAAAAUGUAUAUAAUUGAGUUUUUUCACAAUUGGACUCAGUAAUUUAGCCACCAGCUGCAUUAUUAGCAUGCAUGCACUACUAAACAGUCACCAUCAGAAAAAUUAAGGAAUAUUGUGGUUAUUCUUGUGAACCUUGAAACUACCUAGUCUUAUUUAAAAGGAUCCUAAUAAUAACAUGUUUCUUUUAAGACUGAUUUCACUAUACCAAAUCUGACAAAGUCCACUGAAGGCUAACUUUAAAAAUAAAUAGUGAAGGCCAAAAUUAAGGAAAAGGUAUAUAUGCUAUCCUUUAGUGAGCCAGUCAGUUUAAUAUCAGCAAUUAGUGGAUAAAAUUCUUUCCAAACCUAAGAUAGAUGACUGAUUGAGUUUGUGCCAGAGUUUGGGAAAGGUAAGUUUGUGAAUUACAUUAUGGAAAAUAAACCUAGUAAAGCUAAGAUAAAAUAAUAAUGAGUGAAAAUGUCAAUUGUGUGAGAUAUGCUGCAAAGUUUACAUUUUAUUGAUGAAAAAUGAAUAUUUUCAUUAAUUAAAAGCAACUUUUUUGUAUUCUGACCUUCUCGCCCCUUUCACCAGUUACCAAGGCUUCAAGAAAAAAACAAUGUCCACCUUUUAAUAGAACCAACAUUUAUGCAUGAAUGUUCUUUCUCAAAUUAUAGUUCACUUUUUUGUCAUUUAUUGUCGCUGUAUUUUUUUUUACAAAAAAAAGGUUAAAAGAUUUAAGUCUCCAUCCCACGGCAUUUUUUUUUCACUGGUUAAAUUUUACUAAAUUUUCCAAUCAUUGUCAUCUUUUUCUCUACAUUAAAAUUAAUCUGUUUUAAUGCCUUAAGUUUUAAAAGACAGUCAAAUUGUGCCUUUGAGGCUUACAUAAUGAUAUUGAUACGAAAAAGAAAUUACAUUUAUAAAUCAAUCUGUGUCCACUGCAAUAGUGUAUUUAUUUGGACUGUGGGUUGACUGUGGAUACAGUCCGCAGGCUAACAUUUCCAUUUCAAACAUGGAUUCACUUCUGGUCUUAUUUUUAAUAUUCUGCCUCACUAAUAAUUUGUGGGCGGCACGGUGGCACAGUGGUUAGCACUGCAGCCUCACAGCGCCAGAGACCCGGGUUCAAUUCCAUU